GUGACAAAGAAAGUCAAGUCCAUGCAGAUGUUCCAUACUCCUGUGAAUUAUGCUAUGCAGGGUGACAGAGUAGGUAUCUGUGUAACCCAGUUUGAUCCCAAACUGUUAGAACGAGGCCUGAUUUGCACCCCAGAAUCACUUCAUACCAUCCAUGCUGCAAUAAUUUCCCUGAAGAAAAUCCAAUAUUUUCGAGGAGCUCUUCAGACCAAGGCCAAGUUUCAUAUCACAGUAGGUCAUGAAACAGUUAUGGGAAGAGUGAUGUUUUUCAGUCCAGCUCCUGCUGACUUCAAUGAAGAAAUUGAAGAAAAUGUUUUUGAUUUUGAAAAAGAUUAUCUUUAUCAGGAGGAAUAUUUGUCCAAGGACUCAGAUUCUUCAGAGGAGAACAAAAAAAAAGACCAAGCAGAAGUCCAGCUCCCGAGACAGCAGUGGGCUUUGCUGGAGUUUGAGAAACCAGUCACUUGUCCUAAACUGUGCCUUGUGAUCGGUUCCAAGCUGGAUACAGAUAUUCACGCAAAUACCUGCAGGUUAGCAUUCCAUGGGGUACUGCUCCAAGGCAUGGAAGACAAGAACUACACAGAGACUUUCCUUCCAAAGUUGAAAGUGUACAAACUGAAGCACAAAGAAGGACAAGUGGAAAGGGUGAUGGAUGAUUACAGUGUGAUUGGUCGUUCGUUGUUUAAAAAGGAAACGAACAUACAGAUUUUUGUGGGUCUAAAAGUCAAGCUAUCUACAGGAGAGGAUGGAAUAAUAGAUGGUGGUUUUGGGCAAAGUGGUAAAUUUAAAAUCCGAAUUCCAGAUGGGCUGAAGCCAGAUACCAAGAUGCUUCUUGCUGUUGCCUCCAAGAAGAAAUCUAAGGCAGGCAAGGGGGAUACAACCAAAGAGGAUGAAAGCAGCAAGAAUGAUUCAGCCCAACCUGUUACUAUCUCUCUUCUCUUUAAAAGAUAUGUCUUUGAUACACAGAAGAAAAUGAUUCAAUCCUGA